AUGCAGUUCAAGCAAACUGGAAAACGCAGAAGCCGUCCAAACAGCCAAGAACAAGUUCUACAACGGACACUUCCUGAGCGUCGUGGAACCGGGUUAGAAGAAGCAAGUGCCCCGGAUAACUUUGAAUCGCACCAAGCGAAGCGACGGUCAAGCGCUCGAGCCAAUCUGGACGAAGAGCGAAAGGGCAGUGACGAAGAUAACGAGGAUGCUACACCUCAAGUCUUUUGGCGAGCGAGUGCCAACGCAGUCGAAGGUACUGACUUGUCUGAGCUGACAACGUUUAAAGAUGCUGUUGAUGGACCGGAUCAAGUGCAUUGGUGUAAAGCUAUCUGUGCUGAGUUGGACUCGAUGAAACUUCGUGGCGUGCUUCGAGCGACCAAACUGCCAGCUGGACAGUAUACCAUUGGCACCAAGUGGGUAUUCAAUAUCAAGCGGAAAGCUGAUGGAUCCAUCGAGAAAUACAAGGCGCGUCUCGUGGCAAAAGGGUUCAAGCAGAAAUAUGGCAUCGACUACACGGAGACGUUUUUGCCGGUAGUCAAGUACGUGACGCUGCGCAUGGUAGUUGCAAUCACGAAGUACUUUGACUGGAAACUGGACCUACUGGACGUGGUGACAGCUUUGCUAUGCGGAGAGAUGAAGGAAAAGGUAUUCUGCGCGAUCCCAGAAGGGGUCGAAGUUGAUGAAGACUUUGACUGCUUCGAAUUGGUGAAGGCGAUCUACGGACUAAAACAAGCAUCGCGCGUAUGGAACGAGACUUUCUAUGAGUUCGUCUGCUCCAUUGGAUUUCAAGUAUCCGAUUUUGACCCGUGUCUUUAUCUCAAAAUUACAAGUGGCGAGUGCGUGCUUUUGCUGGUAUACGUCGAUGAUGUGUUGGUGACUGGCAGCUCGACCGAACUGAUUAUGCGUACCAAGAGUGACUUGAAGGCGCGUUUCGAAAUGACUGACAGCGGCAAGUGCGCAUUCGUGUUGGGCAUCGAGAUGGUGGACAACGACAACGGUAGCCUGACGAUGUGCCAGCGACGCUACGUGGAAGAUGUUCUCAAGCGUUUUGGCAUGAGCGACUGCAAAGCCGUCACCAGCCCAACAGACAUCAGUUCUUGA